UUUCUUAAUUUGAAUUCUCGUCAUGUGUUUUGCCAAUCUUAACUUGAAGUAGAUCACUUGUGUUUUGUGGUUUGCCAUGAAUGUUGUAUAUGUUUGGAUACAAGAUGAACUUUGAUUAAUGGAAAAAGGAAGGUGUUUUGCUCUCUUCGAGUACAAUACGAUACAAGGGUAAUGCUGAUUGCCAUGAGAUCAUCUCAGAAAGGCUUAUCUUUAUCUAGUAGAUUAUGAGGCAAAAUGCUGAUGAUACAGUUUCCUACUUCAAUCAGAAAGAUCUGGAUUAAUGAAGGACAAAAAGUUGUAUUUCGGACAAUUUCUGGCAACCAUCCACUGGCAAAUUCCAUGGCUAAUGUCAUAGGUUUUCGGAAUUCCUUAGGAGGUCAUUGUGUCAAUAAAGUGCAUUCAGUUUCUAACUUUGGUUGGCCGUCUAUUAAUCAUUACCAGCAAUGGAGAAGGUUGCAGCAAUCUACAAGUAGCUGGCUGUGCCAUUCAAAUAUUCAUGCAUCAUCUGAUGAGGACUAUCGGUCAUCCCGCAACAUAGCCAUUAGCCUCUUCAGGUGGUACAGGAAUGUUAUUGAUCGCGGUGGUGGUGAUAACCUGAAGGAGUUUAUUAGCGCUGGGGUCAAUGCUUAUGCUCUUGGUUGCACUGAUGAAGGUUUGAGAAAAGAGCUUAUUAGUAUGAAAGAUUCCAACACAGAGAUUGAAGAGCUACAAAAUUAUGGUGGUGGCACAAGCAUUAGAUUCAAAAUUCUUUCUGAAGAGAUAAGUGAAUGCAUUUUGUGGUUGAGCAUUGUGUUCAUCACCAUCCUCUGUACACCACAACCGACCGUUGUUAGGUGGUCUUCUACACAACCAGUGUCAACCGAGACCAUGCUUCAAUGGAAAGGGUUUUGUGCUCUCAUAGCAAAUGCGUAUUACUUGAGGGGAAUGGCAUGGUUACCAGUUAAAACUCUUCAGCUAGAACAAAUGGCAGUUAUGGGGAGUGCCGAGGAGCCAUCAGUUGUUGCUAGUCGAAUGCGAUUAGUAUUUAGCACACUUGAGGUAGUGAGUCCACAAUGGCCAAGAGUUUAGGCUAUUGUUACAGUAUCAACUGGUGGAUGUGUAGUUAAGCUGUUCAAUUAUACUUCUCUGUAUAGAUUUUUCUUGGACCGAUCAACCAAGAAAAAUGUAAAUAUUGAGAAAGGGGAUGUAAAAUUUAAUAAUUUAAGCGAGACUUUCAACAAUGCAGUGACUCAGUUGAAGCAAUGGUGAUUUUGAUUUUUAUUUUACA